ACUUCCCUCUUCCUCCAUUCGAUUCUUCCCACCACACCACUCCCUCCGCCCCUCCGCAUCGCUUCCUCCGCCGCCACCCCCAUGGCCACCACCACCACCACCUCCUCCUCCUCCUCCAAUUCCCAAAACCCUAACCCCUUCAACCUCCCGCCAUGGCUCCGCAGCCUCCGCUGCCCCUUCACCUUCCUCUGCCCGCCCCCACCGCCCCCGCCGCCCCCUCCUCCUCCGCCGCCGCCGCCGCCUCCCCCGCUGGAGGUGGUGUCGCCGUCCCCGCGGUGGAGGCGGCCGGGGCUGAGGGUGACCACGGAGUACGACAGCGAGGAGGCCAUGUUCGCGCACAAGGUGUCGUGCAAGGUCGCGGGCGGGCUCGCCAAGCUGCGGCUGUCGUUCCAGAGCGACCCGUCGGGGCAGGGGUUGGGGGAGGAGGGCGACCCGCGGCGGCAGCUAUUCGUCGCGCCCGUGGUCGGGCUCAUCGCCAAGAAUUUCUCCGUGCUGUACGACGUCGAGGCCCGCAACGCGCUGCUCAGCGGGCAGGGCUCCCUCCCCGGCGGCGCCAUCCAGCUCCGCGGCUCACACGAUGUCAAGGAGCGACAAGGAGAAGUCUCAGUGAUCACUAGGCUGGGUGAUCCGUCUUAUAAACUUGAGCUAUCAUCCUUGGUGCCUUACAAUGGUCUGCCGAGAGCAACCCUCCACUUUCCUAUUGGUCAAGUGUCAGUUGAAGAGAGGAGAAACGAAGCGGAUGAGAAAAUGUUAUCCCUUUAUGGAAUUGCAAAAUCUAAUUUCUUGGAUGGCAUUCUUACUGCCCAGUACAGUGAAAACGAUAUUAAUCUGAGAUAUUGUUAUAAGGACAAUGAACUAACUUUAAUUCCCAGCGUGUCCCUGCCUUCCAAUGCUGUAUCCUUAGGCUUCAAAAGGCGGUUUGGUCCUUCUGAUAAGUUGAGCUAUCGUUAUGACUUUACCACUGAUGACUGGAAUGCUGUUUAUAAGCGCACAGUUGGUAAAGAUUUCAAAGUGAAAGCUGGUUAUGAUUCUGAGGUGCGAGUUGGAUGGGCUUCAGUUUGGGUGGGUCAAGAAGACGGCAAGGCAAAGACCGCACCAAUGAAGACGAAACUUCAGCUCAUGCUUCAAGUUCCUCAGGACAAUUUCCGCAAUCCCACCUUCCUGUUCCGUGUGAAGAAAAGAUGGGAUCUGUAGCAUAUGCUACAUUAUAUACUCCAUUUGUAUGGGGAUACCAGUAUUGGGUACUCGGGAUUUGGCCAACAUUUUGUUGUAAGCUGCGUAGGAUGGCUUGAAAAAAAAAAUCCAUGAAGCCUUUCCAAUUCUCAUCAUGUAAUUCUGCCUGCUGUACAUAACGGCCAUCGUUCGUUCCGCACAUAAGCAAUUUGAUUUCCAUGUAAGAUUGUUCACCCCUUUAC